AGUGUGUGUGUGUGAUUUCAAAAAAAUUGCAUACGUCUCCACGUGAAAGUUAAAUUCCUUACAAAAUUUCACCCUUUUUUACAACAAAUUCCCCUUUGUAGUUAGCAAAUUACUAUUUAAAUUAUUAUUUAUUAAUACCCACAACCAAACAUGUCUAAAAACAAGGCCAAGAACAAGAAAAAUCAUUUCGAUGAUGAUGAAGAUAUGGAUGAGCAACCACCAGCCAAUAUUGUAACAAAAAAAUCACAAAAGAAAGGAAAAAAGGGUAAACGUGGAGGCGAUGACUCCGAUGAUGAUUUUGCUGGCAGUACCAACCGUAUAAAUGAAGAUUUGGAAAGUGUUACUUCAAGUAAUAGUAAGACAUCUUCGCAGCAGCCAGCGGCCAACCAGAAAGGUAAAAAAGGCAAAAAGGGUAAGAAGGGCAAAGAUGAUUGGAGUGAUGAGGAAGAUGAAAAGCCAGCACAACCUGUUAGUAAGAACAAUAAGAAAAACAACAAAAAGCAAUUAGAUUCUGAGGAGGAAGAUGAAGAGGUAGUGGCAGCAGUGGCCAAACCGGCAAAACAAAAACAACAACAGAAGAAAUCUAAAAAGAAUAAGAAAAAAGAUGAUUUUAGUGAUGAUGAUGAAGACAUUGAUUUGUUGAAAAAGGUAGCCGAUGAGGAGGAAGAUGAAGAGGACGAAGAACCCGUGGUCAUAGCUAAACCAGCCAAAAAGAACAAUAAAAAACAAAAGAAAAAUAAUAAAUUUGAAAUGAUGAGCGAUGACGAAGAAGAACAAUUAGAGGAAGCAGAAGAAGAACCAGUAGAAAAAGAGGAAGAAGCACCUAAAGCAGCUGAACCAGUAAAAGAAAAAUCAGCUACACCUGAACCUGUAAUAGAGGAGAAAAUGGAAGAUUUAACUUUAGAAGAUAAGGAAACCGAAACACAGGAGGAGCCCUCAGAAACUGGCGAAAAAGUUAAGAAAGAAAAGAAAAUGACUCACAAGGAAAAGAAAAAAUUGAAAAAACAAGAAGAAUAUGAAAAACAAAUGGAAAUGAUGACCAAAAAGGGUGGUUUGGGUCACUCCGAUUUGGAUAGCAAUUUCACCAUGUCUCAAGUGCAGAAAACUGCUGGACAAAAGGCUGCUCUAGAACAUGCGGUAGAUAUUAAAAUAGAGAAUUUCACCAUUUCCGCCAAGGGUAACGAUUUGUUUGUUAAUGCCAAUCUUUUGAUUGCCCAUGGUCGCCGUUAUGGUUUGGUGGGUCCCAAUGGUCACGGUAAGACCACUUUAUUGCGUCACAUUGCCACACGUGCCUUUGCCAUACCACCCAAUAUCGAUGUUUUGCUUUGCGAACAAGAGGUGGUGGCCACCGAUAAGACAGCUGUUGAGACUAUUUUGGAGGCUGAUGUUAAACGCAUAAAACUUAUGGCCAAAUGCAAAGAAUUGGAAGAUCAAUUUUCUGCUGGCGAUUUAAGUGUACAAGAAGAACUUAAUGAUGUUUUUGCUGAACUCAAGGCUACAGGCGCCUACUCGGCCGAGGCUCGUGCUAGACGUAUUUUAGCCGGUUUGGGUUUCAGUGAAGAAAUGCAAAAUAGAGCCACCAACAAAUUCUCUGGUGGUUGGCGUAUGCGUGUCUCCCUGGCUAGAGCUUUGUAUUUGGAACCUACUCUUCUCAUGCUUGAUGAACCUACAAACCAUUUGGAUUUGAAUGCUGUCAUUUGGUUGGACAACUAUUUGCAGGGCUGGAAAAAGACUCUGUUGAUUGUUUCUCACGAUCAAAGUUUCUUGGAUAAUGUUUGUAAUGAAAUUAUACAUUUGGAUCAAAAGAAAUUGCACUACUACAAGGGCAACUACUCCAUGUUCAAGAAAAUGUAUGUGCAAAAGCGUCGAGAAAUGAUUAAAGAGUAUGAGAAACAAGAAAAACGCAUAAAGGAAUUGAAGGCUCACGGCCAGUCCAAGAAGGCGGCCGAAAAGAAGCAAAAAGAAGCUUUAACACGCAAACAGGAAAAGAACAAGUCGAAACAGCAAAAGCAGGAUGAGGAUGAAGGUCCCACAGAAUUGCUGGAAAGACCUAAGGAGUACAUAGUGAAAUUCCGUUUCCCCGAACCUUCACAAUUACAGCCCCCAAUUUUGGGUUUGCACAAUGUUACAUUUGGCUUUGAGGGCCAACCUAAACUAUUUAAAGAUGUUGAUUUUGGUAUUGAUUUAACCAGUCGUGUGGCCAUAGUGGGUCCCAACGGUGUGGGCAAAUCCACCUUCCUUAAACUUUUGCUCGGAGAACUAGAACCUCAAAAGGGUGAACAAAGAAAAAAUCAUCGUUUACGUGUUGGACGUUUUGAUCAGCACUCUGGUGAACAUUUGACUGCUGAAGAAUCUGCCGCUGAGUAUUUACAACGUCUUUUCAACUUACCCCAUGAAAAGGCACGCAAAGCCUUGGGCUCUUUUGGUUUAAUUAGUCAUGCUCAUACCAUUAAAAUGAAGGAUUUGUCUGGCGGUCAAAAAGCUCGUGUCGCCUUGGCUGAAUUGUGUCUUAGUGCUCCAGAUGUUUUGAUUCUUGAUGAACCUACAAAUAAUUUGGAUAUUGAAUCGAUUGAUGCCUUAGCUGAAGCUAUCAACGAAUAUGAGGGUGGUGUUAUUAUUGUUUCUCACGACGAACGUUUGAUACGUGAAACCGGCUGUACACUGUAUGUUAUUGAAGAGCAAACCAUUAAUGAAAUUGAUGGUGAGUUCGAUGACUACCGUAAGGAAGUAUUGGAUGCUUUGGGUGAAGUGGUCAAUAAUCCCAGUGUGGUGGCCAAUGCUGCUGUAUUGCAAGAAUAAGUUUUUACGCAUUUGUGAUUUAUGGAAAAUGUUAUGAUUAUGGCUUUAGGAAAUUUACACGCAAAACAAGUCUUGUUGCAAAGGGGUCUUUAGCAAUUGAUUUUUUUUUGUAAUACUAUUUUUAUUAAAAGUAUCAUUUACAAGAUUUUUUUAUUAUUUAAAACAAAAACAAACGAGAAAUUAAACAAUUGUUAAAGUUAAAA